CCGGGUUUCCCAGCGCGAUGUUUAUGUAAUCAAUAUCAAUUGCUUUUUCUAGUGGCAGAGUUGACAUGAUCUUGUUAACUCAUACAUUGAUUGGUGUUGAAUGAGUGUGGACGGUGGAUUAUUCACAGCAUUAAGGAUUGUUUAAAUUCAUUUUCUACGCUCGCAUAUGUCUACCCCUUCUCAUGACGCCACUUUCCAGAAAACCUUAUUCGGAGUAGGCGUACAGGAGACCAGCCGGUCCCAGGAUGAUUUGUUACAUCCUAGACUCGAGGUAGACCUCCAAUAUAGUGGCAGUGGCCCUGCUGGAACAACCGGAAGUGGCGCCACGUUCCGCCUUGACAAUACUGCUUUCAACCAGGACAUAAUAAGAGAGAGGAUAUUGCACCUGGAAGCGAGUGAAAACGCAAAACAUGCGGAGAUUCUUCGCCGCGACAUUCGCGAUGCGGAACGUGAACGGAAGACAGCGCAGCUUGAAGUCACGUGCGAAAACUAUAGGUCGAGGAUCGUGGAUCUUGAACAUAUGCUGAUUCAGCGAAAUGAGGCGCUGAGCGAAAACCAGCGUCAGAUGACAACUCUAAACGAUGCGUUGGACGAUACUCUGGUUGAACUCAAUAAGGCAAGGGUUCUACAGGCAACGGCGGAGCAGAAGAGGGACGAGUAUGCCCUCGAGAUUAAACACAUGCACCGCGAGAGCGAAAAGUGGUCCCAGGAAAAGGCGCAGUUGGAAGCCCGCCUCCAGGACCUACAGCUGCUGAAUGCGCGUCUUCAAGACACCCGAAGUACGGAGGCUGAAUGGAGGCUGCAACUCUUGGAGAGGCACGCUACUCAGGCGGCGAGGAUCGGGGAGCUUUGGGCAUUGGUCACCAACCACGAGACGUUACGGACGCGCGACGCAGACGAUAUUUCGACUCAAACAGACGUCGUGUACAAUGAAGCAGACGUCACUUACAAUGAGGCAGGCGUUUUUACAAACAAGACAGGCAUUAUUUACAAUGAGACAGACGUUAUUUACACGGAGCUUCGAGCAUUGAUCGCCAAUUGCGAGACGCUACAGAUGAGCAGGUAUUCAAGUGCCUGGGUCCCAAUUUAAUGCCCCUGUGGCACCCAGGGUCCAGGACUUGCAGACUCCGCCGCGUCGUCCCAAAAGUUCGAACACCGGUAUUCCAACAAGAUCAGCGACUAGACGGACGCGUUUCACGAUGACGAAGUCCGGGGCGCCCCAGUGCCGGCAGUGCGACACGGUAUUUACAGACCGGGAACCAUACACCGUCCCCUGCAGGUUCCACGCGCAUGCGCCGGUACUCUACAAGAUCUUGCACAAGCAAGAAGACCCCACCGAUGCGGACCCACCCAUGUCCGACAAACUGCUGUUCUGGCCGUGCUGUCAGAAGCGCGGGACCGUCGUACCCGUCGGCUGCCGGCAGCUCAAGUUCCACGACAUUCCAGGAGAAGAAACCGAUCGAGACUGACAAAGUUUCGGUAUGGGCAAAUGACGUACUUCUGGAAUGCACCACUUGACGUAGUUCCGAUAUGCGCAAAUGACGUACUUCCGGUAUGCGUGCACGACGUAGUUCCCAAACGCGCUGAGGUGGGACGGAGUGUGAAGCGUGUUUUAAUUAAGCAUGAUACUAUACAUAUAUAUAAGAACUCGAUCUUCUUAGCUCUUUUUGAAUGCUCUGAGCUUUUAUGAGAACAUUCGUACAGAUCAGUUUCUAAGAGUUGGAUUAUUGCAACUACCGGUAAAUACUUUCUCUGAAAGUGAACCAUUGUAAGUGUACUAAUAUAAUGUAGAGGAUAUAAGUUUGUUUCGCUAGAAUAUCGAUUUUAAUCCUAAGAUCCUGACAUAAUCAACAAUUUCUCUGCCAAGACAAGCUCAGCCCUCCAUAUUUGCGUUCAGUGUGUUAUUUUGGUAUUUUUCAGACUUAAAGGUGAACAAGAUGUUCCAUAAUCAAAGAUAUAACGUUUGGAAUUACCACUAUGCCGAAAAAAAAUUCACUUGUGUUUCUUUAUCGGCCAGCUGAUAUAACAUUUUUCUUUAUACAAACACAACUGGUAUUUCCAGAUUUAAGGAGUAAGGUUCUGGUUUACGAAAGCUGCCUUUAAGUAAGCAAAAACUAAACAAAUGUGUACAUAUUGUUUUUUUGUGAAUUAACAAUAAUAGUAUUUUGAUUGUUGGAAGUGAAAAUGUAUCAAACUUAAAUAUUAUUUAAUUGUAAGGCAUUUGUUUUAAACCCGGUAAAGAAAAAAUAAUAAAGACACUUCUUUUUCAUCGAGGAAAGCCGUCCGUAUGACUCCAUGAAAACGAGCGUAUUAAUGUAACAUCUUCCUUAAUUAACAUACCAGUAUCUUUAAAGAGGGACGAUCAAAAUACAUCAAGCUGAUAUACCAUAGGAAAACAUAAGGUGCAAAAUUAAGAGGGAAUUGUAUUUUUUAUGAACACUUAAUAUAAGCCAGUUUUUAAUGUCUUUCUUUGUGUACAACGUUAAUUCUGCGCGUUUAUUUCUGUACAUAGUUUAUAAAUGUCAUUAAAGAUAGUUAUCGAAUAGUUCUGGAAGAUGUUUGAUUUUUCCGUGUACAUGCGUGCAGACUUUUUUCUAAUACUGAUUUUGUCAUAGUACAGAUGUUUGUUUAAUUAUCACACGAUUUGCUAAAGCUUAAUGUAGCUUUUAACAAUAUGUUGUGUUAUUUUUAAGGAUAAUUGACUACUUAAAAAAAGAUUUGUGUACAAAUACGAUUCACGCAAAACUUUGUUAUAUAAUUAUACCGAAUUAAUUAUGUUUUUAUAUCAUAGCUUAGCAAAUAACAGUUUGAUUGUAUAAAAACAUAAUUUUUAAAUUACAUUAAAAAUCCAGCAUCAAACUGCGGAUUUUCCUUGUAAAUAUAAAAGGUUGCCUUAUCAAGUCUUCCAAUAUAAUGCUUAAUUAACACUGAUCAUAACGCUAUUUAAAUAUGCUACACUUGAUGAAAGGGUAACUUAAAUUUCGUGCAAUCAGCAUACAUGUAUAUUGGUAAUAUCUCUCAGGUAACAACAUUUUUCAGAUAUUCAUAUCUGUUUACCUUUGCAUAAUUGGUAUAAUUGGUCAACGAGACGCAUAGCAAAUGUAACAUUUUAUCACUUUUUUACUUGCCAUUAAGGAUUUGUUGUUGUAUUUUGUCGCUGCUUUCAGUUUUUGUAUACACUGUACUCAACAAAACACACGUAUGUACGUUUCAUAGUACUAAUCUGAAUGGUCUAUACGAAGGCUUAUAGAAUGAUAAUGUCAUGUACAAAUUAACUUACGUUUUGUUGCCUCAAAGUUGGUAGGUGAAGAAAUUCUGGAUAUCAUCCUCGCUCUGGGGAAACGGGGUUAAUGCAAGUGCGUGAAGUGUCGUCCCAGAUAAGCAUGUCCGCACAGGCUAAUCAGGGACGACACUUUCCGUCUAAACUUGAUUUUCGCUAAAACAUUCACUUGCUUUAAACGAAAUAUACACGAAUAAUACAAUACAGAAAGUUUUGUCCCUAAUAAAGCCUGUGCGGACUGCACCGGCUAAUCUGGGACGACACAUUACACACAUGCAUUAAGCCCCAUUUUCCCAGGGUGAGGCUCAGAUUGUCUCCAUUGUGCAUCUAGCAUCUGAUCUUAUAUUUGUAGUAUUAUAUAAUGCGUAGUGUUUAAACAAAAGUUAUUAUAAAAGUGACCUGUUUUGUGUACAGUUGUUAUUAAACGUAAUACCGAUUUAUUAUAAAUGUAUGUAUACUUCCAA